UGUGUUGUUCUCGUCAAUUGUGUUUUUAUGGCUUUAAACACUCCUCCAACUGAUGGCAACACUACUGAAAUUAUUUUCACCAGCAUUUAUACGGCGGAGUUUGUAGUCAAAGUGGUAGCAAGAGGAUUUGUUUGUAAUGAAUUCACUUACCUGCGAGAUCCUUGGAAUGUCUUGGAUUUCUUUGUUUUAAUUAUGACAUACGUAGCAUUCAAUCAAAACUUUGGCAGCAUUUCAGCUCUCCGAAUUUUCAGGAUUCUGAGAACUUUAAAGGCAGUUUCUGUAAUUCCAGGCUUGAAAGUCAUUAUAUCUUCCCUUCUUCAGUCGGUGAAAAAACUUGCAAAUGUGAUGUUGCUGACAGUUUUCUUCUUGGCCGUGUUUGCAUUGGUUGGUCUUCAGCUCUUCAUGGGUAACUUAAGAUAUAAGUGUGUUUCCUGUUCACUUCUCACUGAAAACCUCAACAAAACUGAUUGUUUAUUAAAGGAUACAGAAAACUAUGGUGACAAUUUCAGUAAUUCUUCUAAGCCAUUACUAUGUGGAUUCAGCCCAAAUCCUAAUAAAACAGAAUGUCCCUUGAACAGCGUUUGUGUGAAGUAUAAAGAGAAUCCCGAUUUUGGAUAUACCAGUUUUGAUCACUUGGGGUGGGCGUUUCUGUCAUUAUUUCGAUUGAUGACGCAGGACAGCUGGGAACGUCUCUAUAGACAGGUUAUCAGAACAUCUGGAAAAUCUUACAGCAUAUUUUUUUUUAUCGUCAUCUUUCUGUGUUCGUUCUAUCUUUUCAAUUUAAUCCUGGCUGUUGUUUCAAUGGCAUAUGAAGAGCAAAAUAAAGCAACUCUAGCACAGACAAAGGCAAGAGAGAUGUUACUUCAAGAAGCAAAAAAAGUGCUGAGGAAACAAAAGGUAUUCACUGCCAUUUUCACGGCUGAAAUGGUCCUCAAGAUGAUUGCCCUGGAUCCGUAUUACUAUUUUCAGUGCUCCUGGAAUGUGUUUGACUUCAUUGUGGUUAUUACAGGCAUAAUAAACCUAAUCUUCAAACUUUCAAAAUUUUGGCCAGCUUUAAAUAAGCUUAUGAAAAUAAUGUUGAAAUCAGUAGGCCCUCUGGGUAACCUCACCCUCGUUCUGAUAUUCACUGUAUUCAUUUUCGCUGUGGUUGGCAAGCAAGCCUUUGGGAAUUACUACAGCGCUGUCCCUGCUAAUGCUAACAUCUGCAACAACGAUAGUAUGCCGAUUUGUGCUUCCAGUAAUAGUUCUGAGACAUGCCAGUUGCGUUGGCAUAUGAAGGAUUUUUUGCAUUCAUUUCUUAUUAUAUUCCGAAUUCUGUGCGGAGAAUGGAUUUCCACCAUGUGGGAAUGCAUGCAGAUUGCCGGGGAAGGACGAUGCAUAAUUCUGUUCAUGCUGGUCCUGGUUUUAGGAAACCUGGUGGUCCUCAACCUCUUUAUCGCUCUGCUGCUGAGUUCCUUCAGUAGCAGUGAUUCAGAAACAGAAGCAGAUAAUCACAAACCUGACCCUGGAAAGGCUUUAGCACUCAUCCAGAGUGGGCUGCGAUUUGUCAGACUCUUCCUAAGGGAUUGGUGUUGCCAUGUCUUCUUGAAGAAGCUGAGGAUGACAGGCACACAAAAAAAGAACGAGACAACCGUCAUUGAAAGGUCCUAUGAUGCUGAAUCCACGAAAGAGAUCUCGGUGAACUUCACUAGCAAGGAAUCCUUUGGGAAUUGGGAUAAACUUCCAUGGGAUAGAAAGCAGGAAGAUUUUGUGACCGAUUACAGGGAGGUUCCCACUAUUCCCCUGGCUGAACUGGAGACAUUAAGUGUUGAGGAAAUGGACCUUAGUACCCUGGAGAACAAUCUGCGAAAGAGGAGAGAAAUACCAGUAUACCAACGCCAAAAUCGAAGGCUCUCUUCUCAAGUUUCUGAAACUACAAGUAUUUGGUCUUUAGAUGUUCCCAAGAGAUCAGAUUAUGAUACGAGCUGUUCAGAUAUCAGCACGGUGGAUCAGAGAUCUCCUAUCCAUCACGUGCCUGAAGUCAAGAAGGAACCUCAGGACUGUUUCCCACAAGUCUUCAUGAAAUUAUUUCCAUGCUGCAGAGUGAAUACAGAUACAUUUCCAGGCAACACUUGGUGGAGAUUUAGAAAAACCUGCUACAAAAUUAUAAAACAUAAUUGGUUUGAAUCCUUUAUUAUAUUCAUGAUAUUACUGAGUAGUGGUGCUCUGAUCUUUGAAGAUAUUUACCUCGAUAGAAGAAAGAUCAUAAAAAACAUUCUCAACUAUGCCGAUGUAUUCUUUUUCUGUAUCUUUUUCUUGGAGAUGCUUCUUAAAUGGGUGGCCUAUGGCUUUAGAAAAUAUUUUACUAAUGGCUGGUGUAUUCUUGAUUUCUUUAUUGUGUGUGUUUCUUUGCCUAUGGCAAGAGGUAUGUCAAAGACAAGACAGUGCGACGGUAAUAUCUCCACAAAAUCUCUAAGAACAUUGAGGGCCCUUAGACCUCUUCGAGCAUUGUCUAGAUUUAAAGGAAUAAAGGUUGUUGUGAAUGCCCUGGCCGGAGCUAUCCCUUCCAUUGGAAAUGUGCUUCUUGUCUGCAUUGUACUAUGGCUCCCAUUUAAUAUCUUAGGAGUGCAACUGUUUGGAGGGAAAUUUUCAUGUUGGAACAUUGAAAAUAAGAAUAGUUGUAUUAAUAAGGCUAUCAACUUUGAUCAUGUUGGGAAUGGGUACCUGGCUCUCCUUCAAGUGGCAACAUUUAAAGGCUGGAUGGAAAUUAUGUAUGCUGCAGUAGAUUCAGCUAAUGACAAUUCCACCCAGCCAUGUUUUGAAAACAACAUAUAUGCUUACAUUUACUUUGUGGUUUUUAUUAUAUUUGGAUCCUUCUUCAUGCUGAACCUCUUCAUUGGUGUGGUUAUCGACAAUUUUAACCAGCAAAGAAAAAAGAACCAGUUCCAAGGAUUUCUUUUUGAUAUCGUAAACAAGCAAGCAUUCGAACUGUUCAUUAUAAGCCUUAUCUUCUUAAAUGUGGUGGUCAUGGCGGUCGAAUAUGAAGGACAAGAUGUGGCUGCUGACCAACUUCUUGAAAAGAUCAACUGUGUCUUUGUUGCCCUCUUCACUGGCGAGUGCAUAAUGAAACUGUUGGCUCUGAGGUUUUAUUUCUUCAAAGACCCCUGGAACAUAUUUGAUUUGGUGGUUGUCAUUCUUUCAAUCAUUAGCCUUGCAGCAACCCAGCUUUGGCGACGUCUCAAUUUCCCGCCAACAAUCUUGCGUGUCAUUCGUGUGAUCCGCAUCAGUCGCCUCCUGAGGCUGAUCCGAGGCGCGAGAGGACUGCGCACCCUGCUUUUCGCCCUGCUGAUGUCCCUUCCCGCUCUCACCAACAUCGGGCUCCUCCUCUUCCUGAUCAUGUUCAUUUACGCUAUAUUUGGCAUGGCUAAUUUCUCCUGCGCGAGUUGGUGCCAGGGGAUUGACAAUAUUUUCAACUUCCAGACGUUCGGCAACAGCAUGCUUUGCCUCUUCCAGAUAACAACAUCUGCCGGCUGGGAUGAGCUUCUGGGGCCGAUGCUCCUCCAUAACGACAAAUAUGUGUGUGCUCCGAACAUCAACCCCAUCCCACAGAAGAGCCCCUGCGUCAACAGCAAGGUGGCCAUUGCCUAUUUUGUCAGCUACAUCAUUAUUUCAUUUCUGAUUGUAGUCAACAUGUACAUUGCUGUCAUCAUUGAGAAUUUGAAUGUUGCCACCGAAGAGAGCACAGAACCACUAGGCGAUGAUGACUUUGAAAUCUUUUAUGAGAUCUGGGCAAAAUUCGACCCCAAAGCAACGCAGUUUAUCUCUUACUCGGCACUGUCCAACUUUGCAGAUGCCCUGGCAGAACCUUUACGAAUACCAAAACCAAAUAGCCAGCAGCUGUUGUCCAUGGACCUUCCGAUAGUCAAUGGGAAUAAAAUCCACUGUUUGGAUAUUUUGUUUGCUUUUACCAAAAGGGUGCUGGGAGAAUCUGGAGAAAUGGACUCGUUUGAGUCCCAAAUAGAAGAAAAAUAUCCGGAGAAGAUUGCCUAUGAGCCGAUCGUGACAACUCCCAAGAGAAAGCAGGAUGAGUCUGCCAUCAUAAUUCAAAGAGCUUUUCGGAUGCAUCUUCUUCAGAGUGCAGGAAAGGAAGCGCCUCAGGAACCCUUUGUAACUAUCUCCUUGGAGAAUAUUCCAGAAGAGGAAAACUUAUCUGUGUUCAGUCUGAGUGAAAAUGAAGGCAGCCAGUCCAAUAAUUCUCAGAGCUUGUCUUCGGUGGUCAUUCCUCCAUCCUAUAGUAAUGUGACUAGCAUCGCUCCUGACAUUCAACAGGAGGAGUCCUCUGACCGUCAGGAUGAUACAAAGUGA